GCGCUGCCGCGCCCCCGCGGCGGCCGGCGGGGGUUUUAAAGGGGCCGCGGCCCGGUACCGGCGGGGCCUCCUGCACCUCCCGGCGCCGCUUCAUGGAGGCGGCCGCGGGGUGGCGCUGCCGCCGGCCGGGCGGGCGGCUCGAUAUGAGCCACGGCUUCGUGCGGCACAUCCGCCGCAACCAGCUCGCCAGGGACGCCUACGAGCGCUCGGUGCGGCAGGCGCGGGGGCGGGCGAGGGGGCGGCACACCGCGGCCCCCCCCCGGCCCCGCCGCCCCGACCAGCCGGUGUACCGGCCCCGGCGGCCCGGGGGGGGCGCCUCCGGUGACGGCACCGCGGGGUCCCCGCCCCCCCCCGCCCCCCCCGAGCCCCGCGGCCCCCGGCUCUUCUGCCUGGACUUCGAGGGGGACGACGGGCGCGUCACCAGCGUCAUCGUGCACCAGGGGGACAGCGCUGAGGAGGUGACGCGGAGGGUGUGCGCCCGCAGCCCCCUGGAGCCCCCCCUGCGGCGCGCCCUGUGCCAGCGGGUGCAGGACGAGCUCAGCAAGCGCCAGGGGACGCGGUGACACCGGGGACACCCGCCGGGGACGCGGUGACACUGGGACGGCCGCCGUCACCCCCCCGGUCCCCGCCGCCGGGUGCCGGGGGGGGUUGUGGGGGCAGUAAACGGGAUGGAGGCCCC